AUGGCAACUGCAAACGUGUCCGCCGCGGCAGUGCCCGGAGGCGGUCCGGUCACAAUGGACGGCUCAACCUCGGGAGCAUCGCGCGAAGCACGCAUUGCUACGCACUCACACAUCAAAGGCCUUGGUCUCAGCGACGACGGCAACGCUUUGCCAAGUGCGCAAGGCUUUGUUGGUCAAAAGGCAGCACGAGAGGCUUGUGGUCUCGUUCUCGACCUAAUUCGAAUGAAGAAGUUUGCCGGCAAGGCUCUACUGCUCGCUGGUGGUCCAGGGACGGGAAAGACCGCCCUUGCCCUCGCUGUCUCGCAGGAGCUUGGCCACAAGGUUCCAUUCUGUCCUAUGGUCGGAUCCGAGGUCUACAGCUCCGAGGUCAAGAAGACUGAAGUUCUCAUGGAAAACUUCCGCAGGGCCAUCGGGCUGCGAGUGCGCGAGACCAAAGAGGUCUACGAGGGAGAGAUCACGGAGCUCACUCCGACCGAGGCCGAGAACCCGCUCUCUGGCUAUGGCAAGACGAUUGCACACGUUGUGAUUGCCCUCAAGACGGUCAAAGGCACCAAACAGCUACGACUCGACCCCAGUAUCUACGAGAGCAUCAUGAAGGAGCGUAUCAGCGUCGGAGAUGUGAUCUAUAUCGAGGCAAACACAGGCGCCGUCAAGCGCGUCGGAAGGAGUGAUGCCUACGCUACCGAGUUUGACCUCGAAGCCGAGGAAUACGUGCCACUGCCGAAGGGAGAGGUCCACAAGCGCAAGGAGGUGGUUCAGGAUGUGACUCUGCACGACCUCGACAUGGCCAACGCCAAGCCGCAAGGAGGACAGGACAUCAUGAGCGUCGUCGGUCAGCUUGUCAAAGGACGAAGGACAGAAAUCACCGACAAGCUACGAGGCGAGAUCAAUCGAGUUGUCGACAAGUACAUCGAGCAAGGUAUUGCCGAGCUUGUGCCCGGUGUGCUUUUCAUCGAUGAAGUGCACAUGCUCGACAUGGAGUGUUUCACCUACCUCAACCGAGCUCUGGAGUCGACCAUCAGCCCGCACGUGAUCCUCGCAACCAACCGUGGCCAGAGCAUGGUGCGCGGAACCGAGUACGAGGGACCAGCAUCGGGCACCGGCAUUGUUGCACCCCACGGCAUCCCCUUGGAUCUGUUGGACCGAUGCAUGAUCGUGCGCACCUUGCCGUACGAGAAGGACGAGAUCCGCGAGGUGUUGCGACUGCGAACCAAGGUCGAGGGCCACCUGAUUGCAGAGGAUGCACUGGAGAAGCUGACGGAAGAGGGUGUGCGAAGCUCGCUGCGUUUCGCACUGCAGCUGCUGAGCCCAUCUUCGAUUCUGGCCAAGACGGCGGGACGCUCGGAAAUCACGAUCAAGGAUAUUGCCGAAGCCAACGAACUGUUCAUAGAUGCUCGUCGUUCGGCCAAGGUACUCAUGUCGCUCGGCGAGGCUUCUGAAGCCGUACCGAUGGAGACGUCUUGA